GCCAGCUGCAACAGCAGCCGCUGAUGACCGCUACGUUCGCGUCUGUGCGCGCCAAAACCGUCCGACUUCCGCAAACGUCGUCGCUACUUGUCGUCGACUAGUCUGUGUCAUCGGUACGAGGCGUGGAUGCUCAUGAGUUGCCAGCCCGUCCUGGCAACCCGCAGCGGCCGUACUGCUUUCCCUCGGCACUCUGCACUCCCAUGAGAAACGAUUCUUGGUACUACACCAUUGAAAAGUAACUUCCUCUACGGCGUUAUGGUAAAAAUUGGGAUGGAGGCGCGGCAGGUGUGGGGCGCGUGCGCAGGCGUGGGCUCGCACUGGGCGCUGGGCGUGCUGCUGCUGCUGGGGCUGGCCGCCGAAGACUGGAGCGGGCCCGCCGCGCUGCUCUCGCUCGCCAUCGCCUUCACCGUCGCCCUGCUCACCGCGACGUGCGGCUUCAGAGCGAGUGACGGCGUGUCCUGCAGCGGCGGCAGCGCUGGCGGCCGCCCGCCGCCCCCCGUCGCCCACGGCGGGGACGCCGGGCCGGACCCCGUCGCGCUCGCCGUCGCCGUCGUGCCCGCACUCCUCUGCGCGCUAGGCCUCGAGUCGUCGUGGGUGCUGCGGCUGCUGCUCAACGCGGCGGUGGCGGCGGCCGUGGCCUUCUUCGUGUCGGUGGGCUCCCUCCACGCCGACCCUGCCAUGUGGGCGGAGCACGGCGCCGUCGCAGACGGAUUACGCGGAGUGGCGUCGGGAGCUGCGCUGUGCUCCUAUGGCUUCCUGGGACUGGCAUCGGCAUCGGCGUCGUCGUCUGUGUCGGCGUCAACAAGGCCCUCACACCCCGUCCAGCCCUCACGGUUGUCUCGGGUGACGCUAGCAGUGUUGCUGCUCGCCUCCCACUGCGCUGUUGCCACGCUGCUCGCCAUGCUCGUACACUACAGGGGCCUGCGCGGGUCUGCGGUGCCGCUGCUGCAGGUGUUCGAGGUGCGGGACGUGGACUGGGCGCGCGUCGUCAUGGCCGCCUGCUCGGUGCUCGCCUUCGCGCUCGUCAUGGUCGAGGAGAGCGGGCCCAUGCACGCCAUCGUCGUCUCGCUCGCCGGGGAAGAGGUGGGCGCACUUCCGCGGCUGCUGUCGCGGGAGUCGGGCUGCACGGGCACGCCGGUGGCGGCGGCCCUGUCGAGCGGCGUGGCGGCGGCGGGCCUGGCGUGCGCGUGCCCGCUGCGCGCCCUCGCCGCCCUCGCCGCCCUCUGCCCGCUCGUCGCGCACGCCGUCGCCGCCGCCGGCCGCAUCCACAGCCACUACCAGCCGCUGAGCGGCAGGCGCACCACUCUGGAGGCGCCCUCAGGUGCUGGUCGGUAUUGCCGUUUGCCGAGCCGGCGGGAGGACGAGGACAGCGGCGACGAGGAGUGGUCGACGCGUCUGCGCGCCGGCCUGGGGCUGGCGCUGGGCCGCUCGCGCUCCGAGGCGGCGCUGCUCGACGACGCCGACGCCGACGCCGACGCCGACGCCGGCGCCCCGAGCGGCGCCUCGACGCCGGGCGCCAGCUCGCUAGCCCGCCUGCUGGGGGACGACCAGGUGGAGGUGGGCGCGCACACCUACACGCGCCGGCCCGCCUCCUCCCUGCACCUCAACGGCGUCUACGCCGUGCCGGCGGCCAACGGGUUCGCCAACGGUGAAGUCUUCCGGCCCGUGGCCAACGGAGCCCCGUGCCACGUGAGCACCGUCCUGCCGGCGAACGGCCACUCCGACUUCUCCUCGGUUCCGCCCGACUGGAAGAAAUUCAGCAGAAAUAUGGCCGGCAAGUCCCCCGGCGCCGACAGCAGGUCGUCCGUCACCUUUCCCAGGGAUCUGUUCGACAGCGUGGACGGGCAACACAGCGUGCGCGUCAUCGACAUCAACAACAGCGACGACCGGCUGGCGUACUGCAAGCAGCGCUUCCCCAUAGGAGACUCGGACGUCGAGGACGAAGAGGUCACGUCCUCGUCCGAAGGUAGCAGCGAAGAGAGCAGUUCCACUGACAUCGACGCCAUAGUCGCCGAGUACAAGGAGAAACUACAGGUGCCCAUAUCUCUUCUUCUAAUACGGGGGUCCACAGUCUGUACGAAUUGUCUAUAA